AGCACUCCAGCAGGACCAGCCAUCUCAUCUCCCUUGCGUUCGAGCCCCGCCGCCUCGCGUUGCCUUCCCCUCGCGAGAUUCCUCAGCAGCCUAGCUCCCCGCCCUUAUAAGCCACCGCCGCAACCGCAGGGGGCGUUGGGUGAGGAGUGGGAGCAGCAAGAGUGGCAACCUCAGUGCAGUGUUGCUCUGAACUUCCUGGCCUCUUGCCUUGUGGUUGGUUGGUUCGGCGCGGGGGAGCCUGCAGCAAUGCCGCGCCGCCAGAGGGCGCGCAGCAGCGAGGAGCUCAAGGCGGAGGACUUCGUCGACUCCGUGCUCAACUUCAAGAAAGGGCAAGAAUUCAACAAUGGGGAGGGGGAGGGGGAAGCUGCCGGGGAUGCCCAGCCCGCGGCGACGGAGUACAAGUCCAAGAACCUUGUGGCCGAGCGGAGGCGCCGCGGCAGGCUCAACAGCAACAUCCUCGCGCUCAGGGCCAUCGUGCCCAACAUCACCAAGAUGAGCAAGGAGUCCACCCUGUCGGAUGCCAUCGAUCACAUCAAGAAGCUCCAGAACCAGGUCCUUGAGCUGCAGCGCCAGCUCGCUGACUCGCCUGGCGAGGCCUGGGAGAAGCAGGGCAGCGCGUCGUGCUCUGAAUCCUUCGCUGCCACUGAAAACAUGCCGCAUCAGGGUCAGGUGGAGCUAGUUCCUCUUGGGCCAUACAAGUACCAUCUCAAGAUCUUCUGCAAGAAGGCUGGCACCUUCACCAAGGUGCUGGAAGCACUCUGCAGCUACAACGUGCAGGUCACCAGCCUGAGCACGAUAACGUUCUAUGGUUAUGCGGAGAGUGUCUUCUCCAUUGAGGUGAAGGGUGAGCAGGAUGUUGUGAUGUUGGAACUAAGGAGCCUCCUGUCCAGCAUUGUGGAGGUCCCAAAUAACUAAGACUCUGAUAGAAAUAACUCAUAGAGCUCACAUGUUUCAGCAUUAAAAACCUGAUUUGAGGAAGAACUCUAGUGGCGAAGUGUUUGUGUAGUUAGCGUAACACGGGUAUAUGUCGAACUUUACGACUGACUGGAGAAGACCGGAUUUUUGUGUUCAACUUGAACACCCAUGGAACAAAGAACUUGUGAACCCCCUGAAAGAAAUGAACCUGUAAGUUGUGAUUGCGAACAAAACAAUAGUUCUUCAA